AUGAAAAUCCUCAAACCACAAUGGGUAUCGCAUGGAGGAUUAUCUAUAUACUCAAUUGAUAUACAUCCAGAUGGCACAAGAGUUGCAACUGGUGGUGGUGAUGCAAAGAUAAAAAUAUGGAGCAUGGCACCAAUAUCAUUAUUGGAGGCUGAAGAAGAUGCGGGAAUACCCAAAUUAUUAUGUUCAAUAGAGAACGCACAUUUCCAUUCAGUCAAUUCAGUUAAAUGGUCAAAGGAUGGUAAAUAUUUAGCAUCAGGUUCUGAUGAUAAAUUAUGUAUGAUUUGGGGUUUAUCAAACAAUAAUUCACUACUCAAAAAUACAACAGAAAAUUGGGUUUGCGUUGCAACAUUGAGAGGUCAUGCUUCAGAUAUCUCUGAAGUUAGUUGGUCUCCAGAUAAUAAAUAUAUUGCAACAUGUAGUUUUGAUAAAUCAAUAAUAAUUUGGGAAACUAAUAAGUUUCAAAUGGUGUCAAAAUUGGAGGAACAUAAAGGAUUUGUUAAAGGUUUAACAUGGGACCCAUUAGGUAGAUAUUUGGCAUCACAAUCAGAAGAUAAAAGUUUAAUAAUAUGGAGAACAUCAGAUUGGGUUGUAGAAACAAUAGUAACAGAACCAUUUAAACAUUCUGGUAAUUCUUUCUUUUUAAGACCAAGUUGGACACCAGAUGGACAAUUUAUAGUUGCAACACAUGGUAUUAAUAAUGCAACACAUACAGGUGUAUUAGUUAGUAGAACAGAUUGGGAUAUUGGAUUAGAUUUAGUUGGACAUAGAAAAGCGGUGGUUGUAUCAAGAUGUUCAUCAAAGAUUUAUAAGGAUUUUAAAUCUAGGGAUCAAAAGUUUUGUUUAAUUUUAUUGGGUGGUCAAGAUUCAACAUUAUCAUUAUGGUCAUCAUCAUCACCACGUUCAUUAAUGGUCACUAGAUCAUUGUUUGAUCAAUGUAUUCAAGAUAUUUCAUGGUGUUCAGAUGGUUAUUCAUUUGUUGCAUGUUCAACUGAUGGUACAGUUGGUUACAUUUCAUUGGAUCCUGAAGAGAUUGGUGGUUCACCAAUUGGACCAGAGGAGAAACAAAUAUUCUUUAAAAAUUAUUAUGGUGAUGCUGUCACAAUCGAUAAAGAAGGUAAUGUUAUUUAUGGUGCAGCUGGUGGUAAUUUAUCAUCAGCUGCCAAUAGUGGUAGUCAUGCAAUUUUACCAGAGAAUCCUGAUCAAUUGGCAAUGGAAGAAUCAAAUGCAAAUGGAGUUGGUAGUGGUGUUAGUGGUGGUGGUGUUAGUGGUGGUGGUGGUAGCGGUAGUGGUAUAAACAAUCAAAAUGGUGGAGAAAAUCAUUCAAAAACAAAUAGUACAUCAACAUUACAACCAACUCAAUUGGCAAUGCAAAAUCAAAAACAAACCAUAAUGCCUGGAGGAAAGAGAAGAAUUACUCCAAUUUUCAUUGGUAGUAGUUCUCAAAAUAUUACAAAACCUCAACCAGUUGCAAUACCAUUACAUCUUCAACAAUUACAACAUUCAUCCUCUUCAUUAAAACCAACUGGUAAUGAACCAAUGGAAACUGAUUCAUCAACUAAAACCUCAUCACCAUCAUCAUCAUCAUCAUCGACAACAACAGCGACAACAAUAACAGAAAAAACAGCAACACCAACUAAAAUGACACCAAUGGUACCAUUUGGAUUAAAUAAAUUAAAUGGUACAAUCGAUGGUAGUAAUGAUAGAUUUUCACAUCCAAGAAUAAAAGAUAAUAAUAAUAAUCAUAAUCAUCACAUUCAUCAUAGAGAUACUCAUAAAUCAAGUCAUCAUGAUAAAAGUGAUAGAGAUAAAAGUGAUAGAGAUGAUCAAUCAACAAAACAUACUACUCCUAAUAUUGGCGGUAGUAAUAGUAAUAGUAAUAAUAGUAGUAAACGAAGAUCAGCAGAACCAGAACCAACAAUAUCAAUAUCUAAAAAAAAGAAAUCGAGUAGUGGUAGUAAUAAACAACAACAACAGCAGCAACAACAACAACAAACUGAUCAAAAUCAAAAUUCACAAUUUAGUAACAACAACAACAAUAAUAAUAUGAUUAUAUCAACAGUUAUUCCAACAGGAUUUUCAAUACCAUUACCAACAUUAACAAAUAAAAUCUCAAAGAAAUUAAUUGAUCAACCAAUUCAAGCCUCUGCACUAAAUAAUAGAUUAUUCCCAACAAUGACACCAAAUACUACAACUACAUCUGGCGUUGGUGGUUCAAUUAUAAUCGAUGUAAAUAUAACUGAACAAGAACUUCAAGAUAAUACUGUAGAAUAUUUCUCUGUCAUUAGAUAUUUAUCAUUUGAAACUCAACUUUGGGAAAAUAGAAUAGCAGGUCGUAUAACUUUAAUUACUGGUAAUAAAAAUUGGUGCGCUGCUACAACUUUAGAUUCACUUUUAUAUAUUUUUAAUAAAAAUGGUACAAUUAUAAUGUCAAAUAUUGUACCAAGAAAUCAAUUAUCAUUUUUAGAAAGUAAUAAAACUAAUCAUUUGUUAGCGAUAACAUGUGAUGGAUUUGUUUGUGUUUGGAAUGUUUUAAAGAAAAAGGUAGAAUUAUCAAAUAGAGAAUUACCAUUCUUAAAGAAUAGAGAUAGUUUAACAAUUAAACAUGCAAUGGUAACAGAAGAGAGUGGUAAACCAAUCAUUACAUUUUCAAAUGGUGAUAGUUUUGUUUAUUCUAGUGAUGUUGGUGAAUGGGUUAAAAUUACCGAUAGAUUGGGUGCUUUGUCAGAAUAUAACAGUAAUGAUACAACUAAUACAGGUAUUUUAUCAACACUUCAAAAUAAUAAUAGGAUUAAUUCUAUUAUAAAUUCAAAUAUAACUAAUAAUAUUAGUAAUCAGCAGCAGCAGCAACAACAACCAUCAGUAUCAAAUUUACUAUCAUUAAGUAAUAGUGAAUCACAACAACAACAACAACUUUCAACAUCAUUAUUUUUAGAGAAACAACUUUGGUUAGCUCAAGUAUUAGAGAGUUCAUUGGAAUAUAAACAUUGGUUAUUAAUUUAUACGAAAUAUUUAACAAAUUGUUGUAAUAUUGUAAAACUCACAGAUCUUUGUACUGAUUUGUUAGGUCCUUCUUCAACUUUAAAUGAUCAUCAUCAUCAUCAUCACCAUCAUAAUCAUACUACUGGUAUGAGUAUGGAAAGUAAUCCAUUCUCAAAUAAUAGUUUAUCAAUACCUUGGGAAUCAACUAUUUUAGGUCUCUCAAAAAGAUCUCUAUUAAAAGAAAUCUUACCGAUUAUGGCUGGAAAUAGAACUUUACAAAGAAUGGUUGGUCAAUUUAAAGAAUCUUUAAAUGCUUUCUCUAAAAAUAUUUUAGUUGAUCCAUUUGAUACUUUAUUAAAUAAAUAA